AUGGCUGAAUUUAAGAUGUCUGAUCUUGGCAUGAUGCAUUAUUUUCUUGGCAUUGAAGUGGCGCAAUCUUCUACUGGAAUUUUUAUUUCUCAAAAGAAGUAUGUGCGAGAAAUCUUAGACAGGUUUCAGAUGAAGGAUUGUAAUCAUGUAAAAACUCCAUCUGAGUUUGGCAUGAAACUAAAAAAGGAUAAUGGAGGAAAGAAGGUUGACGACACUCUUUACAAACAAAUUGUGGGGAGUUUAAUGUAUUUGACGGCAACAAGACUUGAUAUAAUGCAUGCUGUAAGUGUGAUUAGCAGAAUUUUCCGGUACUUGCAAGGUAUUAAGGAGUUUGGGCUGUUCUACAAGAAUGGAGAAAAAUCAUAUCUAUUUGGCUUUACAGAUAGUGAUUAUGCAGGAGAUUUAGAUGAUCGAAAAGGAACAUCUGGGUAUGUUUUCAUGAUGGGGACAGGAGCUGUUUCAUGGUCAUCAAAGAAGCAACCUAUUGUUACAUUAUCAUCCACUGAAGCUGAAUUUGUUGCUCCAAUAGCUUGUGCUUGUCAAGCUAUUUGGCUAAAGAAAAUCCUUAAAGAGCUGCAUUUCAAGGAGGAUGGACCUACUUAG